AUGGCUGAGUCCAAAGUGACCAGGGCUGAAAUGCCCGAUCCUGAAGUAAACAUGGGCGAAAGCACGUAUCUUGAUCCCGAGGCAGAGAAGUCCUAUGUCAAGAAAAUAGAUUUCAUUGUGCUCCCACUGCUUUGCUUGAGUAAUCUGGCAAAUGCCAAAACAGAUGGGCUAGACAAAGAUCUGGAUCUCAAGGGGAAUGAUUACUCCCUGUUGAUUCUUCUCUUCUAUAUUCCAUUUGGCCUUUUUGAUUUGCCAUGGAAUCUUUUGAUAAAGCGGUUCUCAGGCCGACUGAUGCUGUCAUUCAUGUCCAUUGUUUGGGGGGUUCUUGCUCUAUGUCAAUGUGCCACCAAGGACUUCGGGUCCCUCCUAGCGAUCAGAAUUAUACUGGGCGUCUUCGAAGCCGGGUUCUUCGCGGGCGCGACCUUUUACCUCACGUUAUUCUAUACGCGGGGAGAAAUGGGCUUCCGAUUAGCCAUCAUGCAGUCGUUUGCCGUUUUGGCAUCUGCCUUCAGCGGGCUGAUAUCAUUUGGAGUAUUCCAAAUCAAUGAUCCAGCGGUCAAAGGGUGGCAAUGGCUAUUCAUCAUUGAGGGGUCAAUGACUUUGGUAACCGGGGUUUUUGGUUUCUUUCUGCUGCCAGACAGUGCACCCAAAGCUUGGUUCUUGAACGAAAGGGAGAAAUUGGCAGCUAACGCACGUCUUCUUCGCGACACUUCAUCAGAGGUUGAUACUGGAUUUGACUUGAAAGCAUGUUUCGAGACAUGGAAUGAUUGGAAAUUCCCGGUGUGGUGCUUGAUCACAUUCACGUAUCCCGUUGCAUACGCCACUGCGAUGAACUUUUUCCCACUACGAUUGGGUUAUUCGGUCGUUAAGACCAAUCUUUGGACGGUUGCUCCUAAUCUUGUUGGUGCAGUAUUCCUGCUAUGCGUGGCCAAAUCAUCCGACUACUUUCGCGAGAGAACCUUUCACAUCGUUUUCUCAUUAACAGUUUCGUUGAUCGGAAUGAUCGUAUUGGCCACCAUCAACGUCGAGGGUAAUAAAGGCGUCGCAUAUUUUGCCUGCUUCCUCAUGGCCGCAGGAUCUUACAUCCCAUCUUGUCUAGUGCACGCGUGGCAUAAUAACAACAAUGUUCACGAGAACUCACGGGCAGCAAACACCGGGUUCUUUGUGGGACUUGGAAAUCUGGCAGGUAUUCUCAGUGCCGGAACAUUUCGCACUCAAUAUGCCCCAAAAUAUCUUCCAACCCUCAUUGCCACAUGCUGCUGUAAUGCGGUCUGCAUUGUUCUUGUUUUGGGGCUUGGCAGCUGGAUGCGCAUAGAGAAUCACCGUCGGGACCAGAAACAGGGACUUGAACUGAGCGACAAUCAGAUUGAUACCAGCCGUUUCAAAGACGGUGAAAAGAGCCCUGAAUGGAGGUAUUUCCCAUGA